AUGGCAGACAGUCGGCCACGCGCCCACAAUGGCCCUCCUGCCCAUGGCGCCAACGUGGGCUCUGGCCACGAGGCUCCUCAGGGCCCGCCGCUCACCUUCGCGAGGCCAUUCACCCUCUAUGAGGCCCUUCCCUAUACCCCCUUAUCUUCCAUCACACCUUUCGAUUCGGGCGUUCUCCCACCUCCAUCGAUAGGCUCAGCCUCUCCUGCUCCCCCACUAACUGACCUCGUUUCCAACGCGGACUUUGCUGCGUUCAACCAAGAAAUUACCAACCAACAGCACCCCUCCAAGCGCAUGCAGUAUGCGGUCAGCCAGCUACAACAUCUGUUAGAACGAGCAAACAUUCCUGAAUACCAGUUCAAGACUGGCCCUAGGCUCUCCGGCUCGAAAGCGACUGCCUCCUCACGGCCUGUUCCGCUUGCAUCGGCUCUUACACCAUUCUCCAAGAUGGUCUACGAUCAUUCCCCUGUGCAGUUCCGUUAUCCAACUCCCGAAGCCCCGACCUCAACCUUGCCGAACGGCCAGCAAGCCGCCGUCAAUAUGUCGACCACUGCUGCGAUUCCGAGCCCUCCAGGAGAUCACAAGCCAAUCCAUAAGGCUCCUUGUGCGCCGCAACUGCAACCAGUUCAGCCCAUACAGCCGGUGCAUCCACCGCAGCCAGUGCAGAAACCCUCACAACUUUCCAUUCUGUCAACGCAGGCUGCACCACCGGUUCAUCCAAUUCAGCCCGUCCAGCCAGCCCAGAUGAAACAACCUCCACCUGCUACUGUGAACCGUCAGGCGCACGAAGUAAACGGAAAGAUGGAAUUCCAGAUCAUUCUGCCUACUAAGAGUCAGCUAGAAACUGUUACGGGCACCAUCAAGAAGGAGGAGUCUCCAGCUUCAUUUAUCGUGACAGGCCCUCAAGCUCCAACGCUCAUUCAGACAGCCCUUGCAGCACCAGGUGCUGUGCACCCCGUGUACAGUUCUCGGGAGACUCCGGACCCGAAGGUUUCAUCCUCGCCCUCAGUUCCUCAAAAGGCAGCAAUCGCCAUCGAGUUGCCAAGUGCCCCGACUUUCAACGAGAAUAGCUAUGUUGUGGCUCCUGUUGAACCAGAUGAACCAGCGAAUCUGUCACUCAAAAAGCAAAAGCGGGAGGACUUGGAUGGCGAUGAUCUAUAUGGUGAGAGCUUGGAUCUGCGUCAGCGGGCCAACGUUGCACUUCAUGAGUUGAAGGCAUAUUUGCAGGCCGCAUUUCAAGCCGUGGACAGGGCGAUAGCCCAAAAGUCCAGCAAUGAAAUGGCUAUCUUUCUUUCAGAGACUGAAGCCACUCUUGCUGCUCCAACUCAAACAAAACUUCAGAGUGCCCUGAAGAAGACGAUUGAGUUGAAUUGCUUCAUGACCGUUCCACUUGAUGAUCUUAUUUAUCUCCUUCGACUCUGUGACAGUGCCUUAAGGCAGACUGAGUCACUGGAUUUCAGUGUCCAGACGUCAUGGGGCGCGCAGGACGUUGAGCAGUGGUUGGAAUUACUGCCUAAUUUGGAGGCUGCCAUUCGAGCUGCUCGAACUUCAAUGAGGAUCAUGUGUGGCGGCCGCGAGGAAAAACAACUGUAUUCUGAGAACGCCAUCGAACAGGCCCUCAGCUUGUGCAAGCGCCUUAUCGAUGGCAUUAUCAUGCCCUUGGCUGAGCUUCGCAAUACCAGCGAUACCGAAGAGCUUUUCAAAGCGUUAUCGUCCUGCAAGAGGCGGAUUUUGCCACUUAUGACCGACGCUCAAAAGCUGCUUUCGAUGAUGUCGGAGCUGAUCGCCAAAGUGGAUACUUCCGAGACUGUUACCAAUGCUCUCGAGUUCGCUGCGUCUCAGCUCCUGUUCAUUGAGACAGCUAACGCCGAGAGAGAUUCAGUAAUCGAGACACAAAAGUUUGACGGCUUCCGCUUGGUGGCAAUGGAUAUGAUCUGUCAGAUCUUCCUCCUCAACCCCAGCCAGCGUCAAGGCAUCAUCGACGAGAUCCUCACCUCGUUGGAGAAGCUUCCUUUGGGGAAACGAGCUCGGACCUUCAAAUUGGCUGAUGGGAGCAGUAUCCAGCCGGUAUCUGCCCUCAUCAUGCGUCUUGUCCAAACGAGUGCUGGAAAAGAUGAGGGCCGAGGAAGCAGUGGUCGGCUCGACAUGACUGAAGGAGUCCAAAAAGUGACUGGCGCUAAGGCUUUUAUCAUACAGAGCGAGGCACAGGGUGCAUCGCAGCACUCAACGGCAAUUCGAGACUUGGACACUAUCUCUACGCCAUUACUGGAGACGGCGCGGAACAACGCAUCCUACGUCAUCAAGUUCAUUGUCAACCGGGCGUUGAACUCGACCAAGUCCGGAGACACUCCUUAUCGCAACCUGCUCGACCUGUUCGUUGAAGACUUUAUCACGUGUCUCGAUAACCCGGAUUGGCCUGCGGCUGAGUUGCUCCUUCGGCUCCUCAUGCUCAUGAUGGUUGGUCUCGUCGAAAACGACAAGUCUAGCAUUAUGGCCAAAAACAUGGCCCUCGAGCUCUUAGGCACCAUGUGUGCUGCGAUCUCGAAGCUCCGUGGCCACGUCAGGAAAAUGGCCAGUGCUUUGGAGGCCGAUGAGCUCAGCUUGUUCCUCUCCGACUUGGCAGCAUCGGCAUUGGAACUGAAAUCUCGUCCCGAGCACAUGGUGGCCUGGACGGGCCCCUAUCGCGCCACUCUUGAAUACCUUCAGAGUCGCAGCCGGUUCAACGAGGAUGCUCAACUGUCAAGCGCCAUGACAUUCAUCAUUUCCGAAUGGGGUUCCAAAAUCUGCACUUGUUAUGACGGCUAUCAAGAUGAUGUCCUAGAGCGGGAUCAAGAACUGGGCCGACUGGCGUACCGGCUCCGAGAAAUGAUUCUUGACCGCAAAUGGCUCUCAACUGAGUACACAUACAAGGAUGUUAGCCCUCUACAGGCGAAGUUAUCCUACUCUAUCAUCCUUCUGCGGUCUCAAUUUUGUGAGGCCUUCGGCGCCAUCUUGAAUAUUCUUCUGAACUCCAUGGCCAGUGAUCAGCCGACGGUGAGAAGCAAGAGUCUCAAGAGCAUCAAUCAGGUCAUGGAGGCCGAUCCGACCAUUCUUGAUGGCGAUUCGGUUGUCGUUCAGCUCAUUCUUCGGUCCUCUAGCGAUUCUUCAACUCAGGUCCGCGACUCUGCAUUAGGCCUGAUUAGCAAAUGCAUUAGCCUUCGCCCUGCACUCGAGGAGAAGAUGACGGAAACCGUCGUCAAUAGAUUCUCUGAUGCUGGACCUGGUGUUCGGAAGCGAGCCAUGAAGUUGGCCAAGGACAUUUAUCUCCGCAAUAGCAAUCGGGUCCUCCGCAGUGCUAUCGCGAACGGCCUACUUCAUCGAGUUCAAGAUCCUGAAGAGAGUGUUCGAGACCUGGCGCGUCAGGUGAUUGAGGAAAUUUGGUUUGCCCCCUUCCACUCCGGCGAGACCUCGGCUGCUUCACAGAUUUCGCUCUCCGAGCACGUCAUUUUGAUGGUUCAAACAGUCAAACGAGGCAAUGUUGCCAACGUGCUCGAUAAGGUCUUGCAGGCUCUGCUAAGCCCAUCAUCCAAGACUUCCCAGGCCUCCAUGGAGGUAUGCCGGAAGCUGGUCGGGAGCAUGUUUGACCUGAUCGACAAUAUCGAUUCCAAUGACGCCUCGGCUCCCUCGGGGCGUGACGUCCUCCAAGUCUUGAUGAUCUUUGCCAAGGCUGAGGCCAGCCUCUUCACUUUUGAACAGUUACGCUUACUCAGGCCGUACAUCGCGAGUAUCGGCACCAGCGAGGAUCUGACCGUCUCAAGGGCAGUCGUCGUGAUCUAUCGCAGGGUCCUUCCCCAGCUGUCCAGUGCUCACGCGCAGUUCCUUACAGAUGUCCGUAAGGAGCUGCUCCCGGUCGUCGCCAAGGUGCCCCGUGCGCUUCUUGACGAUGUCAUGGCAUGCUUGUGGAUCAUCAGUACUCUCUUGGGGACAUAUGAGCCCCUUGCACGGCUGGUGAUUUCCAGUUUAAAAGGCAUUCAAAAGACGCGGGCCAGUGCUCAAGUCCAGCCACUAGAUCAACUUAAAAUCCGACAGUUCGAUCGGUACUCCCUCAUUGUCGGAAUGGCUGGCAAGCACUGCAACCUCGACAGCCACCAUGAAAUGUUCAAGGAGCAUUUCCCUAAGUUCUCAGGUGCCUCGGUUUCCAAGCUCAUGGUUGAUAUUGUCGUUCCAUUUGCUGCUCCCUCCUGGCCCUUAGACGUUCGCAAACCUGCCCUGGACUGCGUAGGCUUGGUGUGCCAGUCCUCUCCGCGUAACUAUGUCGCCGCAAAUGUCUACACAGCUUUCCAACAAGUAUUUGACGACCAGAUCCCAAUCUUGGAGACCAUGGUCCUGCGGUCCCUGAAAGAAUUCCUCUUCUCCGAGGAGAAGCGCUCUGAACAAGAACCCGAAGGUCCAGCCGGCAAGGAUGGCGAGUCAAAGAAGAAGCGCGAGCUCACGGUCAUUGGUGGCACAAAUUAUGACGACGUCGCGAGUGCUACAACCCACCGCUUCCUGAAAGACAUUACUCGCAUCGCGACUUCUACACAGGACGAUCAUGCGUUCCUUGCUGUCGAGGUCCUUGCAAGCAUCAACCGUCAAGGCCUGGUUCACCCGAAGGAAACUGGUGUCACUUUUAUUACGCUGGCUACGUCGACACAUCCGCGCAUCUCUGAACUCGCCUUUCUUGAGCAUAAAGCCCUCCACACCAAACACGAAACGGUGAUCGAGCGCGAGUAUGCCAAAGCAAUCCAGUCAAUCUUCGCCUACCAGCGCGACAUCGUUAAGGAUCCCCGCGGCGCCACAACGAAUCCCUUUACGCCCAAGCUUCACCUCUUCAUGGAAGUACUCAAGAUCAGCAAGGCCAAGAACCGGGUCAAGUUCCUCGAGAAGCUUGUUAGCCAGAUCGACUUCGACAUUGCAAAACUUGAUAUGUCGGAGGAGCUUCCUCCUCAUGUUCAGUACUCCAGGUUCAUCAUUGAGAACCUUGCUUUCUUCGAGUACGUCACGGUCGGCGAGAUUCACUCUCUCGUUGCAGCCAUGGAGAGACUUGUCGCUUCUACCGGGGCCAGCGUUGCGCAGGUCAUCGAGUCCGAGGUCUUUCACCUACGCAUUGAUGUGUUGGAUGCGCCUUCUUCCCAGAGCCCUAACCCUGACGGCCAACUGCGGGCCGAAGCUCAAACUCAGGGUCAAGUUAACCCCUUGCUCCCCGACAUCGAGUACUCCCGCUUGCGCCAACUUACGGCCGCUUCUAUGAUCCUUCUCGCCAUCUGGGAAGUCCGCACAUACCUGCGGCGGCUCUACAGUCUUGGCACCAACCGCCGAGAGAACAGCGCCAAGCCUGCCAAGCCCCAAGUCAAGGACUUGGCCCGUCCUCCAGUCAAGGUCCAGGGCGUCACGGGCGACAAGGUCUGGGAGGAGAUCAACAACAUCAUGGGCGCCCUUAGCGGUGGCCGUGAGCGCAUGGUUCGUGCGUGCAAGGACCUUGUUGAGCUCAUGAGUAUCGAUAAAGAGUUCCUGGUCCCCUCUGAAGAGGACGAGAUGGAUCUUGACGCGGCUGGUGAGGAAAACGGGUUCGGAGACGAGAGUGAUUGGGAGGAGGGCGACGAUGACAUGGCAUCAAGUGCUGGGACUCCCAGCGGGACGGGACGUGGCAGGAAGCGCAAGUCACAGGCUGGCGGAGCGGCCGGUCAAAAGAAGAAGCGCUCUCGGUCCAGCUCGCAGCAACCGCCACGCAAGAGGGGUCGGCCGAGGAAAAACCCUCUUCCUGAGGCGGCGUCUGCAUCUACGCAGCCUGUGUGGCUGCAGCACGAUGAGGAGUGGUUCUGA